CAAAAGUUAGUUCGAUUACCGAGCUUGGGAGGGCUGAGUCAUCUCUCUUUCAAGUAGUCAUAGAAACGAAAGCUUGCAUUGCCGCUGCCGCGCUUUGAUUUCGUACUUCGCCUGCUUCGCAUGAUCAAGACAGCCUUGCGUGUUAGUCGCUCGCCCUGCGCGCGUGUCGAACUUUUCUACUUUCUUCCACGUCAGUUCAUUGUCGUAUCGUAACCAACAAAUUGCUCGAUUAUAUUUUUUCUUUAUAAUUUUUUACGAGUGACUUGUUUCGACUGUAAUCAUGGAAAGAAAAGAGCAAAGGGUUGGUCUUGGCGUGGGAGCUUUUCACAAUCCCCCAAAAGCUAAUUACAGCGAAGAAACCAAAAAUUUAAUUAAAGUAUUGAUGGAAGAGUCAAAAUUAACAAUGAUGCAAAGAAAAUCAAUUCAAGACGCGAUAAAUAAAGGUAAUUCUCUACCACCACCCACACCCACUUUAAAAAGAGAAAAAAAAGUUGAGCGCAUUGAGGUUGAAUAUCCGUCAGUGUGGAAAAGACGAUCGAAAGAGAUGAUCAUGAGUAGUGGCGCUUAUGAAAGGGAACAGUACAGACGUACGGCACCUUUACCUAACAAAGAAAAACAAAAAAGACACUUGGCGUGUAUGAUGGCUUAUGGUAAGGAAAUGCCACCGACUCCACGAGAACCAAACAUGGUUAAUCGAGCCAGAAGGCAACCGCACGCAAAAGAUGAAGACCCUUUCAAAGAGAUUAUCGAUGGAAUAAGAGAAAGAAUUGAAUUUUUACAUGACAUGGAGUGUCUGGGACUCGGAAAAAAGUAUAAACCGAUCAUACACCAAGAAAUCGCUCAAAAAAUAAGGCUCAUCGAGUCUAUCGAUAAAAGCAAAGUCUUAGAAAUCAACAAAGAAAUUGAAAGAUUUCAAGUUGAACGUCCAGCUCCAAAACCAUUUCCACUUGGAGAUUUGGACGAAUAACAUUUUUCUCUGGCUUUUUUUCGUUUUCUUAAGAAUAAUAUACGUGAGUGUAAUAACA